AUGGGUGGUGGAAUGGGUGGUGGAAUGGCUGGUGGAAUGGCUGGUGGAAUGGCUGGUGGAAUGGGAGGUGGAAUGGGGCGCGGCAUGGGUGGUGGCGGCAUGGCUGGCGUGGGCGGUGGAAUGGGAAGUGGCAUGGGUGGUGGCAUGGGGGGUGGCAUGGGAGGUGGAAUGGGGGGUGGCAUGGGGGGUGGUAUGGGUGGUAUGGGAAAUAUGGGGGGCAUGCCUAUGAUGGGCAUGGGUGCAAUGCCCAUGAUGGGCACCAUGAACCCUAUGGCCAUGAUGAAUAUGGCAGCUAUGAUGAACAUGGCAAUGGGGAAUGCGGAGGAAGAGGAGGAGAAGGUAGCCCAGCCACCUCCAGAGCAAAUAGACCCCAGAGUGAAGGAAAUCUGCCGACACUUUGGUAUAGACGACAAGAUUUGCGAGAAGCUAAACAAGGCAAUGAAGACCAGAGAAGACUUUGAUGAGGAUAUGCAAGUCCUAUGGCACAUCAUGGAGAAGGGUGCCAAAAAUAACAAGAAAUCAGUAGAUGUGAUGCUCGUGAAGAUCCGCGAGAUCAACAAUGGCACAUUUAUUGGCAAAGACCUGCUAGACCCGGAGAUCAAAGAUUUUGCCUGGAAAUACAAUUUGGACGAUCAGCUUUUACACCGACUAAUCAAAACCAUGAAGAAGAGAGGGAAGCACAAAUCCCAGGAUUUGAAAGACAUGGACGAGCGCAUUGGCAAUGCCAAGCAUCCAUCUGGACUACUAGUGCGGAUGUUGGAAGGCCUGGAGGAGAACGGGAAAAUGCCUCCUGCCCCGGGCUGGUUGAUGCAAAGCCACGCUGGUAGUGCAAGAAGAGAACCUGCUGAUGCCAAGGAGCUGAUGCGUGCUCAAAGAAACGCGUAG